GGGAGCUUUACGGGUUCAGCCGGUUGCCGUCGUGGUGUGGUACUGUGGUAUUAACGCGGACCAAAUUUUAGGGAAGCCGUCUCCCGUCUGUGCCGUCCACACGACUUUUUCAGGUCGGGAUUUUGCCGGCGAAGCGAGAGAGAGGACUAUUUUGCAGGAGAGUUUCUUCAUUCUUAUAUCUUUCAGAUCAAGCUGCUCCAAGAAAGGAAGUAUGGAUUUUUUCUUUAGAGGGACAAGCGAGGAGUCAUUGCCAACUGAAAGACUCUUUGAUCAACAGGAUAUUCAAAGAUGUCCUUUCCUGAGAAACAUCAAUAAACCUACAAGCUUUUCCUUCUCCUCGCCUGGGAAUUUCCCCAUUCCUGUACGAGGAGCCAAAGGUCCUAUAUUUGAAGAUGGUCCCAACUUUGAUAUGGCAUUUAGGCUUUUUCAUGGGCGGGAUGGGGUUGUCCCACUCUCAGGGAACUCGUAUUCAUAUUCUGAAAAUCUGAAGCCUGAGCCUGGACCCCAGUUUAAUCCCUUAGCAGCCAAAGCAGCCACUAUCAGUCUCUCAGCAUUUGGGCCAGGAGGGCCCUUCAGCUUUGAUUUCUUCUCUGAUAAAUGGAAAAAGCAGCAAAAAAGAUCCAAGUCAUCAAACAACAAGGGAAAUUCUUCAGAGGGAGGAGAUUCAGCAAAGCAUGAGGCAAUGAGUAAUGAGUGGCUGGAGACAGGGAACUGCCCAAUUGCAAAGUCAUACAGAGCUGUAAGUCAUGUCCUGCCGCUUGUUGCCAAGGUUUUCCAGCCCCCACCAGGUAUGAAGCUUAAGUGUCCACCCGCAGUAGUUGCUGCACGAGCGGCCCUGGCUCGGACUGCUCUUGUAAAAACUCUCCGGCCACAGCCCCUACCCGAAAAGAUGCUGGUGAUUGCUGUCUUGGGAAUGGCAGCCAAUGUACCCUUGGGAAUAUGGAGAGAGCAUACACGGAAGUUCUCACCAUCCUGGUUUGUGGCAGUGCAUGCUGCUGUGCCCUUCAUAGCCAUGCUUCGGAAGUCUGUUCUGAUGCCAAAGACAGCCAUGGCUAUCACAAUUGCAGCAUCAGUUCUUGGACAGGUUAUAGGCUCCAGAGCCGAGAGGAUUCGUCUGAAAGUAAAAGCUGAAAGGGAAGGUUCGGAAAAACAGAUGGAAAGUAAUACAGGUGCAGUUGGUGAAUCGAUGCAGAGUCAGGAUGGUGACAUUAAAGUUGGACACUGUGGUGAUGAGAGGAUGAUAUGGGACCCCCUUUCCCUCAAGGCAGCUGCAGCUCGGCCCGCUUCGUCUGCAAAUGUAUGUUUCUAAUUUACAAACCAUUGUUAUUUGAUACGUUUAUGUAAUUUUCGUAUGAAAGACUGAUAUCAUGGUGUAGUGCGUUGCUGGUCAGGACACUUUAGGAAGAGAAAAACAGUAAGAGAAUACGAAUAAAGGAUUGCCAGUUGUGGUGGUGUUAUGUAGUCC